GGGUACCUGAAACUCUUAUAAAUAGUGUCAUUCAUACUAGAGUAACCAGACCUUAGAUCAUCCCCAACAAACAGCCGCAGCAAAGAGAAAUGGAGAGCACCCUCUCCAAGUCUCCUCUUCACACACUUAGGUGUAUGCGUCGCACACCCUUCAACCGUUUGUUCGCCGGAGUUUAUACCACCGCCAUCUUUGCUCUACUCUACCACCAUGUACUCAUACUUCUCCAGUCCACCACCUUAGUCUCCUUCUUUAUAUCCACAUCCAUGUUAAUCUCUGAUAUUCUUCUGGGAUUCAUGUGGUCCACCACACAGUCCUUUCGCAUGCGCCCAAUCCUUCGCCAACAAUUCCCUGAAAACCUUGAGAAAGUCAUCGACCGGAAGGAUUUUCCGGCGAUGGACAUCUUUAUAUGCACUGCAGAUCCUUACAAAGAGCCGCCGAUGACCGUUGUGAACACGGCCUUAUCGGUGAUGGCUUAUGACUACCCACCGGAGAAGCUUUCGGUGUAUGUUUCAGACGAUGGAGGCUCGGAGUUCACUCUCUUUGCUUUUAUGGAGGCUGCAAAGUUUGGGAAGCACUGGUUACCCUACUGUCGGAACAAUAACAUCGUAGUGAGGUGUCCAGAUGCUUAUUUCAGAUCAAACUACCCUAGGAGUUCAGAGACACAGAAAAUCAAG